AAAUACCCUCUCCACUUCUUCUCCCCUGAUGGUUAGUGGAGCAUGGUCCCCUCUGUGUCUCUUGAAAUCAAUAAUGAGUUAUUUUAGUCUUUUUGAUGUUAAGUAAGGUUAUUUUCCAUGCACCAAUCUGGUAAGCCAGUUCCAUCUCUGUUGUGUCAUCUGCAGAUUUGAUUAUUGUGUUUGUGGGAUAUGUGGAAACGCAGCCCAAUGUGUAUAAAGAACAUGGGACUCAGAACACAGCCCAGCCCUAGUGCUGAGGGUCAGACUGGAGGAGAGAUGUGUACCAACUGUUUGUGGGAGUUUGGAUAUCUUUAAUAUGACCUGCUUGUGUGUAGCUGCGGUGUUAGUCCGCUCGGGGGCGUCCUGCCUCCAUGUCUGCUGCUUUAACUCCCAGUAGCUUCUCUCGCUCUGACAGGCAGCUUGAUGAAGCUCAUUAACUUCAUCUGUUACACGCGCCGCACACUCCGCCUCUCUGGUUUCACGUGUUCGCACUUUCCUCUCCGUCAGGACCAGGAUCAUGCGGUCCCUUCUCAGACCUGAGACCGGUUCUGUGACUGGGGAACUUGAUGAGACCCUCAGACUCUCAUCAGCCUGGACUUUCAUGGUGUGAUGAGCCCGAGAGCCUCUCGUGUUUCCUGUGACGCAGGACAGUCGCACCGCACCACACCGCGCACUUCGGAGCGGGGAAAAAAGCGCGUCCGUGACUUAGGUCUUCUGUAACCACUCGACCCUAAAGUGAACAUGUCUUUACUGUAGUACGACGCACUGAUCUGAGAGCGAACAUCACUAUCUGUGGGAGGACAAGGACCGCGGCUCCGGAGCAUCAUCCCCUGCUGAGCGGCGGGGAGUCGAACCGACACCUGCAGGUGAUCCGGAGCGUCAGAAACCUUCUGUUUAAAGGAUAUUAUCGCUUCUCUGCCAGGAACGCGGCUGCUCUCCAUAACUGAAAAGUGGAUUUGGAUUUCAUUAAAUUUUUCGUUUGAUGGAUGCUGAUGCGCAAGCGGAUCGAGUCCCCGCGCAGGAAUUUAGCCAAAAAAUGUUUGUGUAAUUUGACAAACAGCUGGAGACAGAAAACAUCUGACCUGUGACACUGAGAAAGGAAACACCUGCUCCUGCUGCGGAGAGAAAAGGUUUCUAGAAGAAUAUGAAAUUGUAGCUGUUGAGAACCUGAAGCUCUGCCUCCUCCGCUGCCUAAGACAGCUAUGCCCGACACAGGAACCUGUACCGCAGGAAACCCUUAGGCUCAACUCACUGCAAAAUGGCGAGGGGUUCAAAUCUUCUGCGCGUUUCAAGUCACUGCUUCCUUUCCCUGCUGAUGCUGAAGAGCUGCUGCUGGCUGCUAGGCUCUGCCACUCAGAAGCCCACAGUGUUGGCAGACUCCCAGCAGCCCCAGCAGGAGUACGCACACUCCAUCCGGCUGGAUGGUGACAUCAUCUUGGGCGGCUUGUUCCCCGUGCACUCUCGUGGCGAGAGAGGCGUUCCCUGCGGCGAGCUGAAGAAGGAGAAGGGCAUCCACCGUCUGGAAGCCAUGCUGUUCGCCAUUGACCUCAUCAACAAGGACCCGGAGCUGCUGCCCAAUGUGACGCUCGGGGCACGCAUCCUGGACACGUGUUCACGUGACACCUAUGCCCUGGAGCAGUCGCUCACCUUCGUCCAGGCACUCAUCGAGAGGGACAGCUCUGACGUCCGCUGUGCUAACGGUGACCCACCCAUCUUCGCCAAGCCGGAUAAAGUGGUGGGUGUCAUCGGGGCGUCGGCCAGCUCUGUGUCAAUCAUGGUGGCCAACAUCCUGCGACUGUUCAAGAUUCCUCAGAUCAGCUACGCCUCGACGGCUCCAGAGCUCAGCGACAACACGCGUUAUGACUUCUUCUCCCGCGUGGUUCCUCCGGACUCCUACCAGGCUCAGGCCAUGCUGGACAUCGUCACAGCAAUGGGCUGGAACUACGUGUCCACACUCGCCUCCGAGGGAAACUACGGUGAGAGCGGCGUCGAGGCCUUCAUCCAGAUCUCCAGAGAGACAGGUGGGGUUUGUAUUGCUCAGUCCCUAAAGGUUCUUCGGGAGCCAAGACCCGGUGAGUUCGACAAGAUCGUCCUCCGUCUGCUGGAGACGCCCAACGCUCGCGCUGUCAUCAUGUUCGCAAACGAAGAUGACAUCCGGCGAAUCCUGGAUGCAGCGAAACGCAACAACCUGACAGGUCACUUCCUGUGGGUGGGCUCUGACAGCUGGGGCUCCAAGAUCUCUCCAGUGGUCCAGCAGGAGCAGGUGGCCGAGGGCGCCAUCACCAUCCUCCCCAAGAGGGCGUCCGUGGACGCGUUUGACCGUUACUUCAGGAGCCGCUCCCUGUCCAACAACCGCAGGAACGUCUGGUUCGCUGAGUUCUGGGAGGAGAACUUCGUCUGCAAGCUGGGGAUGCACGGCAAGAGACCCGGCAGCCCCAAAAAAUGUACAGGGCUGGAGAAAGUUGGCCGAGACUCCACCUACGAGCAGGAGGGGAAGGUUCAGUUUGUGAUGGACGCCGUGUACGCCAUGGCCCACGCUCUGCACCACAUGCACCGCGAGCUCUGUGCAGGAUACCCUGGCCUGUGCCCCCGCAUGGCCAACAUCGACGGCAAGGAACUGCUAGCCCACAUCCGCGCCGUCAGCUUCAACGGAAGUGCAGGGACUCCGGUCACCUUUAACGAGAAUGGGGAUGCUCCCGGACGCUACGACAUCUUCCAGUAUCAGAUCAACAACAGGUCGAUAGCAGAGUACAAGGUCAUCGGACAAUGGACCAAUCAGCUGCAUCUAAACAUGGAGGCCCUGCAGUGGAUCACCGGCGACUCCUCCCUGCCGGCCUCGGUUUGUAGCCUGCCCUGCAGGACCGGCGAGAGGAAGAAAGUGGUGAAGGGCGUCUCGUGUUGCUGGCACUGCGAGCGCUGCGAGGGAUACCAUUUCCAGGCAAGUGAGUUCACCUGCGAGCUCUGCCCCUACGAGAAGAGACCCGACCAGAACCGAACCGGCUGCCAGGCCAUCCCCAUCAUCAAACUGGAGUGGCACUCACCCUGGGCACUGCUGCCUGUCUUCAUCUCCGUCCUGGGCAUCAUCGCCACCACCUUUGUCAUUGUCACCUUUGUCCGCUACAAUGACACACCCAUUGUUCGCGCCUCGGGGCGGGAGAUGAGCUAUGUGCUGCUGACAGGCAUCUUCCUGUGUUACAUCAUCACCUUCCCCAUGAUUGCCGCACCCGAUGUUGUAGUCUGCUCCUUCCGCCGCAUCUUCCUGGGCCUCGGCAUGUGCUUCAGCAACGCUGCGCUGCUCACCAAAACCAACCGCAUCCACCGCAUCUUCGAGCAGGGCAAGAAGGCAGUGACAGCGCCACGCUUCAUCUCACCAGCCUCCCAGCUGGUCAUCACCUUCUCGCUCAUCUCUGUUCAGCUGCUGGGUGUCCUUGUGUGGUUUGCAGCCGACCCGCCUCACACUUUUGUGGACUACGGCGAGCAGCGCACGCAGGAUCCUCAGAACGCUCGUGGUGUCCUUAAGUGUGACAUCUCCGAUCUGUCACUGAUCUGCUCCCUGGGAUACAGCAUCCUCUUGAUGGUCACAUGCACUGUUUACGCCAUCAAGACGCGUGGCGUGCCAGAGACCUUCAACGAGGCCAAACCCAUUGGAUUUACUAUGUACACCACCUGCAUUAUCUGGCUCGCCUUCAUCCCUAUCUUCUUUGGCACGGCACAGUCAGCUGAGCGGAUGUACAUUCAGACGGCCACGCUGACCGUCUCCCUCAGCCUCAGCGCCUCCGUCUCUCUUGGCAUGCUCUACAUGCCGAAGGUCUACAUCAUCAUCUUCCAUCCUGAGCAGAACGUCCCCAAACGCAAACGCAGCUUCAAGGCCAUUGUCACUGCCGCCACCAUGACCAGCAAGCUGUCACAUCUGGCGGCUGAACGGCCCAACGGCGAGGUGAAGACGGAACUGUGCGAGGGUGUGGAGGCUAGCGUGCCACCAACGAAAAAUACCUACGUCAGCUACACCAACCAUGCCAUGUGAAAAAGUGACACCAUCGACUCGAGGACGUCCUGGGACAUUUAAAUAGCAGAUUCCAGACUCAGAGGAGAUGUUACCAGAGGAUAAGACAUGAAAUGAGGUGCUCUGAACAAUCUGAAGGAUCGGAACUUAGAAACUGAAACCUGGGAAGUGUUUUUAUGUUUACAGACAGAAGGAAACGGGCCUGAAGGGUGCCAAAAACCUGAAAGGAUCUCAACUGUAAAACCAUCCAAGAAACGAUGAGGAAGCAGGAGGAUGAUAACCUGAAAGACACAAAAAAAUAAGAAUUAAAACAAAUCUUCAAAAAGAAAUACAAAAAAUAAAUUGUGGGGACCAAACAUAUUUGUUCUUAUUCUAAUUGUAUGUUAAAAAAAAAACUUGUGGUUGUGAAAAUUUCUGAUUCUUGUCUCAUGUCGUCUGUCCAUCGACCUGCAUUAUGAGAUGAGUCCGUUGCUGUUUUCGGUUAACAUGAAUGGUAGCUUUUGGUUGUGAAAUGUCUAAAUGGUUGAACUGAAGCAUGCCCGUUUUUUAUACAAAUGAUCUAUUUAUAAUAAAGGAAUGUUUCACAAGU